UGGGAGGCUGCAACCCUAUGAUGAUGGGAGGCUGCAACCCUAUGAUGAUGGGCUGCAACCCUAUGAUGAUGGGCUGCAACCCUAUGACGAUGAAUGGCAUGGGUGGCAAUGUCAUGGGUGGCAAUGGCAUGAUGGCCGAAGACGACCUGGAGGAUGAUGACCUAGCAGUCCUUCAGGGUGAUGCAGCCAAUGCCCCUGCCCCUGCUACAGCAGCUUCUUCAGCAGGGUUGGAUCCACCUGCGCAGCCUGCAAGGCCUUUGCCACCACCAGUUGUGCAAUACAACAAGACCGACGAUGCUGCCAUCACCCGCAGUGCUUCUAUGCUUCGAGGACUUCCGAUGAAUCGCUUAUCAUAUUCCUUGGAGAAGCUUGUGCCAUCGUUGGAGGCUGGCUACACCAGCUCCUUGACACAGCGUGGCUUGCUGCAGCUGCUGUGGCUGUUCACCAAGCUCAAGCCUUCAGUUCGCAUCAGCCAUUUGCGAGUUUCGAGCUUCGAGGACCUGGACGUCCGCUUCCAGAGCGCCCAUGAUCGCAUUCGAGCUUCGCGUGCUGAUUUUCCUGAUCAUUUGCUUGCCCGCUUGCCCCUGGAUAUUUCAGAUGCUGAUGUGCACGAUUUGGCAGUGGAAGAGGGUUGGAAAGAUGACUUUCUGCGGGGUGGUCCUCUCAGGCCUCCUCCGGCCCCAGUGUCCGGAAACAUUUGCAAUGCGUUUGCAAAUGGCGUGCUUCCCAAGUUGCCUCCAGUUCCCCGAGGAGCUGUUGUUGCAUCGCCUGCGCCGGUUCCCAAAGCAGCUGCUGCAGCAGUUUCAACAAUUUCAAUUUCACCCGGCGGUGUCCCAGUAACUGCUGCUACUCCUGAGCCAGCAGCGUCUAUCCCAGCAGCACCUACGCUGGCGCCCCCACCGCCUGUUUCAGGAGCAGCUCUUCCCUCACCUGUUCCAGAAGCAACAGUGACAGUGAGCAAGGCAGGGGCCCCUGCCCAAGACCCACCGAUUUGCGUCAUUUGCCAGGCAAACAGGGGAGGUGAGGGUGCUGGAGUGCACCCACUGUUACCAUGCCCAGUGCAUGGAUGAGUGGUUUGCAGCAACCUCCAAUUACACAGUGCGCUGCCCGUUGCGCUGCGACUUGUCUGCGCUUUCUGCGCAGCAGCAUGAUCCCGACCAAGCUGCUGUAGCGGCCGAUGUCCAGAUUAUUGAAGCAACAAGCUUCGUGUGAGGAUCGGACACUGACUGAGUCGCUGGCUGUGUGAAAUUUGUCUUCAAUAAUCAAAUUUUGAAGAUCUCGGACAUUGCCAUUGCCACUUCCAGCUGCAUAGGCUUUGUGACCACCAGUUCUGUCAUUCCGUUUU